AUGGAUGGAAUCGUGUCGAUUGCAAAGGUUCUUGCAGCUGGUUCCACCUAUUGUUCCUCGCUGCCGGAGGGAGCGCGUCACGGCGAGGAGCGACCGGGAGCACCGCCUUCACACCGCCUUCACGCCGCCUUCACACCGCCUUCACGCCGCCUACACGCCGCCUACACGCCGGCUACACACCACCUACACAUCGCCUUCACACCACCUUCACACCUCCUACACACCGCCUUCACACCGCCUACACACCGCCUACACGCCGCCUUCACGCCGCCUACACGCCGCCUACACGCCGGCUACACGCCGCCUACACGCCGCCUACACGCCGCAUUCACGCCGCCUACACGCCGCCUACACACCUCCUACACGCCGCCUACACACCGCCUACACACCGCCUUCACACCGCCUACACGCCUCCUACACGCCGCCUUCACGCCGCCUACACACCGGCUUCACACCGCCUACACACCUCCUACACACCGCCUUCACACCGCCUACACGCCGCCUACACACCGGCUUCACACCGCCUACACACCUCCUACACACCGCCUUCACACCGCCUACACACCGCCUUCACACCGCCUUCACACCGCCUACACACCGCCUUCACACCUCCUUCACGCCGCCUACACGCCGCCUUCACACCGCCUACACGCCGCCUACACGCCGCCUUCACGCCGCCUUCACGCCACCUUCACGCCACCUUCACACCACCUUCACACCUCCUACACACCGCCUACACGCCGCCUACACGCCGCCUACACACCGCCUACACACCGCCUUCACACCGCCUUCACACCUCCUACACACCGCCUUCACACCGCCUUCACACCGCCUACACACCUCCUACACACCUCCUACACACCUCCUACACACCGCCUUCACACCGCCUUCACACCGCCUACACACCGCCUUCACACCUCCUACACACCUCCUACACACCUCCUACACACCGCCUUCACACCGCCUUCACACCGCCUACACGCCGCCUACACGCCGCCUUCACGCCGCCUACACGCCGCCUACACGCCGGCUACACGCCGCCUACACGCCGCCUACACGCCGCAUUCACGCCGCCUACACACCUCCUACACGCCGCCUACACGCCGCCUACACGCCGCAUUCACGCCGCCUACACGCCGCCUACACACCUCCUACACACCGCCUACACACCGCCUUCACACCGCCUACACACCGCCUUCACACCGCCUACACGCCUCCUACACACCGCCUACACACCGCCUUCACACCGCCUUCACACCGCCUACACACCGCCUUCACACCUCCUUCACGCCGCCUACACGCCGCCUUCACACCGCCUACACGCCGCCUACACGCCGCCUUCACGCCGCCUUCACGCCACCUUCACGCCACCUUCACACCACCUUCACACCUCCUACACACCGCCUUCACACCGCCUUCACACCGCCUACACACCGCCUUCACACCUCCUACACACCGCCUUCACACCGCCUUCACACCGCCUACACACCGCCUACACACCGCCUACACACCGCCUACACACCGCCUACACCACCGCCUACACACCGCUACACACCGCCUACACACCGCCUACACACCGGCUACACACCGCCUACACACCGCCUACACACCGCCUACACACCGGCUACACACCGCCUACACACCGCCUACACACCGCUACACACCACCUGA